UUGUCAAAAUGGCGUUGCUCGUACUGGUUGAUUGGAAGUAACUGUUUCUCUCUUAAAAUACUGUGAUGUUUAUUUCGAUAUGCCUGUUUAGAUAUUACACCGCGCGGAACUCUAAUCACGGAUAGUAUGGCGACUCUGGAUCAGAAAUCACCCAAUGUGCUUCUCCAGAGCCUCUGCUGCAGAAUCACGGGGAAAAGCGAAGCCGAAGUUGCCCACCAGUUCCAGUUUGCAGUGCGAGUCAUUGGCAGUAACUUCGCCCCCACUAUUGAACGGGACGAAUUCCUGGUCACGGAGAAGAUCAAGAAAGAAUUGCUGAAGCAGCGGCGAGAGGCAGAUGCUGCUCUUUUCUCAGAACUGCAUAGAAAACUUCAGACACAGGGUGUUCUGAAACAUCGCUGGUCUAUUCUUUACUUGUUGCUCAUCCUCUCCGAAGACCCCCGCAAGCCUGCCAGCAGGGUUGGAAACUAUGGAGCGCUGUUUGCCCAGGCUCUCCCCAGAGAUGCCCACUCCACGCCGUUCUACUGCACUCGGCCCCAGAGUCUGGCCCUGAGCUACGGGGACAGGUGCGCUGGCCUGUCGACCGGUAUGGGCACCAGCGGGAUCUCCAGUCUGGGAGUCUACACACUCAACGGCCCCACUCCAACUCCACAGUCGCUGCUGGCAGGUCAACCUCCAGCUGGGGGCGCUCCACUUUUGGGCUCUCGACUAGCCUGGGCUCUCCCCACAAGCUCCCCUCCCUCGGCUGUGGGCCCCGCCACCAUCCGACCACCCCUCGUACCCAUGCUUCCUACCACGAGAGCACUCCGACCUCGUCACGACGGCGAUACGGACGGCGAGGUGACCGAGGCAGCGCUGGUGCGGGACAUCCUCUAUGUCUUCCAGGGGAUCGAUGGCAAGUUCAUCAAGAUGAGCGCCCAAGAUAAUUGUUACAAAAUAGACAGCAAGGUGGUGGUGAACAAAUCCCUGAGGGACACCAGCAGCAGAUUGGCUGAGCUCGGCUGGCUUCACAAUAAAGUCCGAAAGUACACAGACGCCAGGAGCCUGGAUCGAGCCUUUGGACUGGUUGGACAGAGCUUCUGUGCAUCGCUCCACCAGGAGCUAAAGGAGUACUAUCGGCUCCUCUCCGUCCUCCACUCUCAGUUGCAGGUAGAAGAUGACCAAGGUGUCAACAUGUGCACAGAGAGCGCGUUAACUCUCAGAAGACUCCUCGUUUGGAUUUUUGACCCCAAAGUGCGGCUGAAAAUGCUGGCCGCCCUUGUCGACUUCUGCCAAGGCCGGAAGGGUGGCGAGCUGGCCUCAGCUGUUCACGCCUAUGGGAAAACAGGAGACCCACAAAUGAGGGCGCUGGUGCAACACAUCCUCAGCCUGGUAUCACACCCCAUUCUGAACUUCUUGUAUCGCUGGAUCUAUGAUGGAGAACUUGAGGACACUUACCACGAGUUCUUUGUAGCAUCGGAUCCAAACGUGAAGACUGACCGCCUGUGGCAUGACAAGUAUUCUCUCAGGAAGUCGAUGAUCCCUUCGUUCAUCACCAUGGACCAGGCUCGCAAGGUUCUGCUGAUUGGUAAAUCCAUCAACUUCCUGCACCAGGUGUGCCAUGACAGAACGCCACCAGGCAAAAUCACGCCAGCGUCCAAGUCUGCAGACACACCCAAAGAUGCAGCAGAACUGCUCUCAGACCUGGAGGGGGGGUUUCAAGCAAAGAUCGACGCCGCCUACUUUGACACAAGUAAAUACCUGCUGGACGUCCUCAACAGGAAUUACCUCCUGCUGGAGCAUCUGCAGGCCAUGAGGAGAUACCUGCUGCUGGGCCAGGGAGAUUUCAUCAGGCACCUCAUGGACCUGCUCAAACCGGAGCUUGUGAGACCUGCCACGACUUUGUACCAACACAACCUGACAGGAAUCCUAGAGACGGCGGUUCGAGCAACCAAUGCCCAGUAUGACAACGUGGAGAUCCUCAAGCGACUGGACGUACGACUGCUUGAGGUGUCUCCUGGUGAUACUGGCUGGGAUGUAUUCAGCCUGGAUUACCACGUUGAUGGACCCAUUUCCACGGUGUUUACCAGGGAAUGUAUGGGCCACUACCUGCGAGUCUUUAAUUUCCUGUGGCGGGCCAAGAGGAUGGAGUACACCCUCACGGACAUCUGGAAGGGGCAGAUGUGUAGCGCCAAGCUGCUCCAAACUAUGCCCGAGCUGUCGGGCGUGCUGCAUCAGUGUCACAUCCUGGCGUCUGAGAUGGUCCACUUCAUCCACCAGAUGCAGUACUACAUCACCUUUGAGGUUCUGGAAUGUUCCUGGGACGAGCUGUGGAACAAAGUACAGCAGGCACAGGACCUGGACCACAUAAUUGCUGCACAUGAAGUCUUCCUGGACACCAUCAUCUCAAGAUGCUUGUUGGACAAUAACAGCAGGUCUCUCUUGAACCAGCUGAGAGCCAUCUUUGACCAAAUCAUCGAGUUCCAGAACGCUCAGGACUCUCUUUACCGCGCCGCACUGGAGGAGCUCGCCCUGCAGCUGGAGUUUGAGACGAUGAAGGAGAAGAACCAGGCGGAGGGUCAGUGGGGGGUCACUGCCAAACAGGAAGAGGAGGAGAAGGCGAGGAUUCGGGAGUUUCAGAAAACGAUACCAAAGAUGUGCUCGCAGGUCCGCAUCCUCACACACUUCUACCAGAGUAUAGUCCAGCAGUUCUUGGUGCUGCUCACCACCAGCACCGACGAGAGUCUUCGUUUCCUCAGCUUCAGACUGGACUUCAACGAACACUACAGGGCCAGAGAGCCGAGGUUGCGUGCGUCGCUAGGAGCCACACGGGGGCGACGGAUGUCCAAUAUCUGACUUCCAGCUUUUGGAACAUCGAGUAGGAAACGACCAAGAGGACCACCAGCACUUGACUCCAACAUGAUGUCCUGCACUCAACACUCUGGCAACAUCCUGUUGGGAGAUCCAGGGAACUGUCAACAACAACAAAGAAUCCGCCUUACUGAUGGAAAACAUGUUGUUCCUCUGCAUGGUUGCCAAGUUGAGGCGUGUGUGUGCAUACUGUAUGCAUGUGCGUACAGUAUGCAUAUGUGUGUACAUUAUGUGUAUACAGUAUGCAUAUACUGUAUGCAUAUGUGUACAGUAUGUGUACGUGUAUAUUGUAUGCAAAUGUGCAUACAGUAUGUGUGUACAGUAUGCAUAUGUGUGUGCAUUAUGUGUAUACAGUAUGUGUAUACUGUAUGCAUAUGUGUACAGUAUGCAAAUGUGUGUACAGUAUGCAUAUGUGUGUACAGUAUGUGUAUACUGUAUGCAUAUGUGUGUACAGUAUGCAUAUGUGUACUGUGCAUAUGUGUGUACAGUAUGUGUAUACUGUAUGCAUAUGUGUGUACAGUAUGUGUAUACUGUGGAUAUGUGUAUACAGUAUGUGUAUACUGCAUGCAUAUGUGUGUACAGUAUGCAUAUGUGUGUACAGUAUGCAUAUGUGUGUACAGUAUGCAUAUGAGGACUGUAUGCAUAUGUGUGUACAGUAUGUGUAUACUGUAUGCAUAUGUGUGUACAGUAUGCGUAUGUGUACUGUGUGCAUAUGUUUGUACAGUAUGUGUAUACUGUAAGCAUAUGUGUGUACAGUAUGCAUGUGUGUACUGUGUGCAUAUGUGUGUACAGUAUGUGUAUACUGUAUGCAUAUGUGUACAGUAUGCAUGUGUUUACGGCAUGCAUAUGUGUGUACAGUAUAUGUAUACUGUACGCAUAUGUGUGUACAGUAUGCAUAUGUGUAUACUGUAUGCAUAUAUAUGUGUACAGUAUGUGUAUAUGAGCAAGACGACGACGCUUAUGAGUGCAAUUUUCUAUAUUUUGCAUUUUAUUGACGCAAUUUGUCAGUGGUACAGUAGCAGUGUCCGGGCCAGAGGUGAACAGAAUCAUGGUGGACUAUCACAAUCAUACGCACGAUCUCUUGUGUUGACGUUUAAGAGUAUUGACAAGCUGUUCAAGUGAAACCCAACAACUGUUUUUUUUUAAUAAGGGUAGUUAGCGGCAAUAUUAAGUGGAGUUGGCAAACCAUACUAUAAUACCUCAGAUUUAAAAGCAAAAAAAAAAAAGAAAUAGAUAAUCAUCACUUGUCAUCAAGUGGAGCAAAAAUGUUUUUUUAUGGGAUUUUUUUUUUUUUAAUAGUCAUUGAAGAUUGGUGCUGCACGUGUAAAUAAGUGACGUGAGGCUGAAACUGACUGUGCUUUCUGUCUUCUACAUUGUGCACAUGCACAUCCCAUCAUGUGUAAACUCCAAGCAGCUCACGUUGCGUUCAAUAAAGUCAUGUUUUUAAAGGUGCUGUUGACUUGUUGCUAUGCAUUACUACCGUCACUUGGUGCAAAGACAAGGACUACUUUGGUAUAUAGGGUAGGAUUUUUGUUUUUACCUUAAAAAUUGAACUUUAUAAGCUUGCAUCUUUUCCGUACAACCUCACACGUGUGAAUACAGU